GCCCUUUAAACUGAGCAGAUGUUUGCAUGCACAAGUUCCCUGAUUGACAAGCGGGAAAGAGAGACCUGAGCGCACCACGCCGGCCGUCGGGUGGGAGCAGAUGGGGAUCUACCGGCAGCUUCUAUGAGCGGUGGAGGGUGUUGCCCGUGGAGAAAAGAUGCUCCCAGGCUGUGCCGGACUGGUGCUCUCCCUGGCAUGGCUGCUCCUGCCUCCGUGCGCGGCGUCCCCCUGCCUGGAGCAGUGCCGGUGCUACAUGAACACCCUGCUGUGCCAGGAGCCCAACACCAUCCAGAGCCUGGCACAGCUGCGGAGCUUGGAGAACUUCACCGAAAUAGUCAUUGAGAACCAGACUGCGUUGACCAAUCUCACUCUGGAGGACAUGAAGAACCCCCGAGAACUGAAGAACCUGACCAUCUCGAAGACGCAACUGCAGUUCAUCUCGCCAGACGCCUUCAGAGCCAGCCCCAACCUGACGCACGUGAACCUCGCCUACAACGAGCUGCGGUUCCUGUCCUGGAAGGUUUUCCAUCUCCUCCGUCUGCAGGAGCUGGUUCUUGUGGGGAACCCGCUCCAGUGCUCCUGUGGGCUCCGGUGGCUGCAGCUGUGGCAGCAGAGCAGGCCAGCCGAGGCGUCGGGCAACCAGGCCUUGCGCUGCGUGGCAAGAGGCGGGAAGGCGAUACCCGUGGCGAACAUGAGUGUGGAGGGCUGUGAGUUCCCAACCGUCUCGAUCGAAUACAACCCUGCCCCGGUGGGCGAGGGCGAAAAUGUCAGCCUGACGUGCCGCGUCACAGGAGAGCCACGGCCAGCUGUGCGGUGGCUCGUGCCGGACGUGUGGUCUGACCCUCCCAUCAUCGCCCCGGCCAACGCGAGUGGGAAUUCAGAGUCAGAAACCACGCUACAAAUCCUGAACGUCUCCCCUGACUUCAACCUCCAAAACAUCACCUGCCAAGCAGAGAAUGAAGCAGGACUGAGCGAGGACGUAGCCCAGCUGAACGUGACGUUUCCAGCCAUGAUCCACGAGCUGAGCCGAGCCGUGAACUACCACCACUGGUGCAUUCCCUUCUCAGUGGACGGCAACCCCAGCCCCAGCAUUUCGUGGCUCUUUGACAACCGAGACCUGGAUAUGUCAAAGUACAUCCACAUCGACUUCUUUCAAGACCAGGUCCGCAAUUCCACCACAGUGCACGGCUGCUUGUCUCUCGACAACCCCACCCACGUCAUGAACGGCAACUACACCUUGCUCGUGCGCAACCCCCUGGGGGCCGCCCAGGCCACCGCCUACCAGCACUUCAUGGACACCCCUGAUGAGAACUUCCGUCCGGAGGACCCUAUCCACGUGCUAUUAUCACCAACAAAAACUGCUGAUAGGAACAGGACUGAGCAGGAGCCUGUGGAGACACCAGAGGAGCACACAGUCGGGAUCUCUCUGGCCGUGGUGUUGGCGGUCUGUGCGUGCAUCUUCCUCACCGUCAUGUUGAUCAUCCUCAACAAGUGUGGCCAGCAUUCCAAGUUUGGAAUUAACCGGUCAGCUAUGCUGGCACAAGAAGACGACCUGGCCAUGUCCCUGCAACUCAUGAAUAUGGGCAGCAGCCCCCUUUCCUCCGCCGAGAGCAAGCUGGAGGCCCUGAAGACCAACUUCAUCGAGAACCCACAGUACUUCUGCAAUACAUGUGUGCACCACAUUAAGCGCAGGGACAUCGUCCUCAAGUGGGAGCUGGGAGAGGGGGCCUUUGGCAAAGUCUUCCUGGCAGAGUGCUACAACCUCAGCCCCACGCAGGAGAAGAUGCUGGUGGCUGUCAAGACCCUGAAAGAAGCCACCGAGAACGCCCGGCUGGACUUCCAACGCGAGGCGGAGCUGCUGACGGUGCUGCAGCACGAGCACAUCGUCAAGUUCUACGGGGUCUGUGCUGACGGCGAGCCGCUGGUCAUGCUCUUCGAGUACAUGAAGCACGGAGACCUCAAUCGCUUCCUCCGGUCCCACGGUCCAGAUGCGAAGAUCCUGGAUCACGGGAACGACCAGCCCUUUGGGCAGCUGAACCUUAGCCAGAGGCUGCAGGUGGCCACCCAGAUCGCCUCCGGCAUGGUCUACCUCGCCUCCCUGCACUUUGUCCACCGGGACCUGGCGACCCGGAACUGCCUGGUGGGACACAACUUGGUGGUGAAGAUUGGGGACUUCGGCAUGUCCCGGGACAUCUACAGCACGGACUACUACCGGGUUGGGGGUCGGACCAUGCUGCCCAUCCGAUGGAUGCCCCCAGAGAGCAUUCUGUACCGGAAGUUCACCACAGAGAGCGACAUCUGGAGCUUCGGGGUGGUUCUCUGGGAGAUUUUCACCUAUGGGAAGCAGCCGUGGUACCAGCUCUCCAACACAGAGGCGAUUGAGUGCAUCACCCAGGGCCGUGAGCUGGAGAGGCCCCGGACCUGCCCCUCGGAGGUCUACGACAUCAUGCAGAGCUGCUGGCAGAGGGAGCCUCAGCAGCGGCAGAACAUGAAGGACAUCCACAGCCGGCUGCAAGCCCUGGUCAAGGCUCCUCCUGUCUACCUGGCUGUCCUCAGCUAAGAUUGGGGAUGGGGAGGGAGACGUGGACCGGCUUCUCCGUCCGUCCGUCCGUCCGUCCGUCCACCCGUCUGUCCAGGAUCUGCCUCCCAAACUCCAGCAAAUGGUUGUGCUCGUCUAUGCGAGAGAGAACCCACCCUGGCGAGCAGCAGCACAGGUGACGCUGGCGAGACUGGACGCAACUCCCCCUCAUUCAUACCUGUGACCUGGUGGAGGAGAGGAAGGGGCGGCAGCAGCAGCAGCAGCAGCAGCAGCAGCUCCGUCUAGCGUUUUAGAAGAGCUGUUUGUCUGAGGCGGACCUGAAUCCUCUCCAGGAGUGAGCAUUUGCCUCCGGCUGGCCGGCCGGCCAGCUCUGCCCCUUUGCCCUGGAGGAGAGGCAGGCAGGGGCACACCGGGAAGGCGCUCCCGUCCCCUUCCCUGCUGCACAAAGAACAGCUGCGCGUCAUCCUCUGUGUUUCACCAGCUGCGCUCGUGGGACGGAGUGGACUCCAGGCAAGCCGUGCGUUUUCUGGACUCUGUGGGAGCCGAAGGAGUUUCACAGGCCGUGGUGGUGGUGGUGGUGGUGGGAAUUAGGGGGAAGCGGCUGAGCAACGUUAACUUCGUGUCCUAAGCUUUAAGUCUUUGUCGUUUAUUAUAAUAGAUAGCUUCUGCCUGGG